AUGUACUCCUCCAACAGCUCACAGGAGCCCCCAAAUAACGGGACCCCGGGGCCUUUCGAUGGCCCCCAGUGGCCCCACCAGGCGCCGCGGGGCAUGUACCUGUCAGUGGCCGUGCUGAUGGGCAUCGUUGUGGUCUCCUCCUCGGUUGUGAACGGCUUGGUCAUCGUGGUGUCCAUCAGGUACAAGAAGCUCCGGUCUCCCCUGAACUACAUCCUGGUGAACCUGGCCGUGGCCAACCUGCUGGUGACGCUCUGCGGCAGCUCUGUCAGCUUCUCCAACAACAUCAACGGCUUUUUUGUGUUUGGCAAACAGAUGUGCGAGCUGGAGGGCUUCAUGGUCUCCCUGACGGGUAUCGUGGGGCUGUGGUCCCUGGCCAUCCUGGCCUUUGAGCGGUACGUCGUGGUCUGCAGACCCCUGGGAGGCUUUCGGUUCCAGCACCGGCACGCCGUCAGCGGCUGCGCCUUCACGUGGAGCUGGUCCCUGCUCUGGACAACCCCACCACUCAUGGGCUGGAGCAGCUACGUGCCUGAAGGUCUGAGAACCUCCUGCGGGCCCAACUGGUACACCGGCGGCAGCAACAACAACAGCUACAUCUUGGCCUUGUUUGUCACCUGCUUCGUGAUGCCCCUCAGCCUGAUUCUCUUCUCCUACACCAACCUGCUGAUGACCCUGCGAGCGGCUGCAGCGCAGCAGCAGGAGUCGGACACGACGCAGCAGGCGGAGAGGGAGGUGACGCGCAUGGUGAUCACAAUGGUGGUGGCCUUCCUCAUCUGCUGGCUGCCCUAUGCCACGUUUGCCUUGGUGGUGGCCACCAACGACGACAUCGCCAUCCAGCCGGCUCUCGCAUCCCUGCCCUCCUACUUCUCCAAGACCGCCACGGUUUACAAUCCAAUCAUCUACGUCUUCAUGAACAAACAGUUUCAGAGCUGCCUGCUGAAAAUGGUGUGCUGUGGUCACCACUCCUGGGGGACAGGAAAAACUGCUCCGGCUGCCCCUGGCCCCCACGCAGGCGUCGCUGCAGACGGGCUGCGGGAUAAGGUGACACCAUCUCAUCCUGUCUAA